AUGAUGAACAAGCAGAGCUUGAAGAGACUUCAGUUCCGGAAAUGGGGAAAGCGAAUCGGGAGCUCGGCCGCGACUUCAGGAACGCUAGGAAAUGAAUCAGAGGCAAGAGCAAUUGUGGCGUUUGCGUUCUCAUGUUGUGGGAAACCGCGUGUUCUCUUGAAGCAAUUUGCUUGGAGGUUGAAAUCGCGUUUGAGGUGGUCGCGGAAGAGUGAUAGUAAUAAUAUUCAGUGUAGUUAUGAUCUCCGGAGUUAUCAUCUGAAUUUCGACGAUGGUUGGUCUCGUCGACGGUGA